CGAGCUGCCAAACUGGUCAAACCUCCGGGUCCAAAACCAGACAGACAAGGCAAGACGCGUGCGCCCACCCCCACGGCCGAUCCAGCCAAUCCGUCCCCGUUCCAGCCGCCACCUGCGCCGCCUACCGACGUGUCGUGCCACACCCAUGGACGAGGCGGUGCCGGCGCUCGCGGUGGUGGACGCGCGCUUCUGCGCCGGGGACGAGGCGGCGCUGGCCGUCGCCAAGACGAUCAGCAUGUCCGGCAACGACUUCACCGUCACCGACGCCGCCACGGGCGACGUCCUGCUGCGGGUCGACGGCGUCCUCUUCAGCCUCCGCCGCCGCUGCCUCCUCGCCGACGCCCAUCGCCGCCCCGUCCUCACCGUCCAGGAAUCGGCGCUGGUGAUGAACAAGCGCUGGAAGGUGUUCCGCGGGGACAGCACGAGCCGGCGGGACCUGCUGUUCACCGUGGUCAAGCCGUCGGUGAUCCCGCUGCGGUGGUCCACCAAGGUCAACGUCUUCCUCGCCAGCAACGACGCCGAGCAGGCCCCCGACUUCAGGAUCACCGGCAGCUACCACGACGGCGCAUGCUCCGUCUCCCUCGGCGAAUCCAACACCGUCAUCGCAAAGAUCGACCGGCGGUCCACGGUGGUGAGCACGCUGCUGGGGAAGAACGCCUACAGCGUCACCGUCAACCCCGGGAUCGACUACGCCUUCGUCGUCGCGCUCGCCGUUGUCCUCGACGAGAUGCACUACCAAUGAUCGCAGCUCCAGCUUCCGGCCCCUGGCUCCGCGAAUCGCUCUGCAUCCGACCGUCACACGUGGUCUUUGUUGUCUAGUGUCGCGUGCGUGUAGCAGUGUAGGUGCAGGUCAAUGCUGCCGUGCAGGGGAAUCACGAAUGCUCCGCCGCUCUGCGCUUCGAGUUCAUGCACCGUCAGAGACCGAUUUGAAGAACCAUGGCGUUUAGAUUUUUGGGCCGUGAGAAGGAGAACGCGCUCUUGGUUGGUCCAAUUCAGUUUUGUUAACUCGUUUGUUGUGAACUGAGGUUUGUUCCCCGUGACCUGUGAGUCUUUCACUCUUGCUCGCUCUCUUUUGUCUAUGAUGUAAUUCCGGUAGAAAAAAAAAACAUACCAACAUGACAACAUCAAAUCAAUAUCACUGGAAUUAUGCUGAAAUAUAUUUCCAUUGUUUUGAA